UUUGUAUUUAGAAAAGGACCGGACACAAACUUUUGUGGGUCAAAGCUUGGCUUUCGUUGACUGAGAUGAGCUGAACGUCAUCAAUACAAUUAACUUUCAUCUCUAAUCUCACUGAUAAAAUACACAUUUAAUUUAUAUUGUUCUAUAUUCAUAGAGUGUUGUUCUUGUGUGAUAGCUUUGCUUAAUUGAAUCAAAUGGAAAGAUUAACAGAGACAUGGUCCAAAGAGAGACAGACACUCUGUCUAGCUCUAUGUCCAGUUGUCAUAGCAACCAUUAGGCUGUCUGGUGUUGAGGUACAUUUUGUCUAAGUUUUUUUUCUCUCCCCUUAUGAAAAUGUUUUCACUGUUUUAUCACAUACAUUAUAGGUGCUCUCAAAAAAUUGAAGAGAGAAACCUUUUUUAAUGCUACCACUCAGACAUGUGAGUGGGAUUUUAUUUAUUUAUUAGUUCAUCUAUUUGUUUAGUGAUUUAGAGAGCCAAAGAGGUAGAUGGACAGUAGAAGUGCAGACUGUAGAGAUGGUUUCCAUAGAGACACAAGUUAUCUGCUCUACCUAGGUUUUCGGGGAAAUCCUAAACUUAUAAGGUCUACAAGAAACACUUAUUUAUAAUGAGCUUGACCAGCCUUAUGAAUCCACAAGUGUCAUGUCCAUUUCUUCUCUUUGACCUCUUAACUGAAACAAAACUCUUCACAUAUGGUGUUGUAGGGGUUAAAUAAAUAUCAGUAAAGCAGCAGGCACUGCAUUUAAGUUGCCUCCUGUGGGAGGGGAGAACAUGCUCCUGUCUUUCGUGAGUCAUUCAUUUGGAUUCCUCCUCCACACUCAUGUACUCUGGUGACUCAGGUACACUUGUUCUCAACAGUUCACCUCUUUCAUUCCUCUCUUCAUAUCUGGCUAUUUGAAGAGGUGAGCUAACUUAAGAGUAACAUGUGAAGAAUCUUAUUUUCCUGAAAUAUUUAACUGCAUAUUAAUAAUUAGAAAACUCUUUGUUUUAAAAAAAAGUUAGUCUACAUUGCAAUAUACAAAAAAAUGCUGUGGAUUGAAUUUGGAUUUGAUAUGGGACUCUAAAUCUCUUCAUAUCUUACAUUCAUAACUCUCCCCUAACAUGACCCGUACCAAAGUUACAAACGAAAAAUCAACAAAAUCUUUUAUAUUAAAAUAAUAAUUCUCUUAUGAUUACAAUUACGAGUAAAAGCAGUCCAGAACUCAUCAAUGAUCAUAACAUUGCAUAACAUUCUAUAAAUCAACCUAUUUUCAACUGCAAAAAAGCAUGUUGUAAUCCAUUCAAAUAGUAAAAAAAUCAACGUUUGCCUUGGGUGUAAGCUUAUAUAACAAUCCUCACGAAUACAUCACACAUAAAGGAGGCUAAAUGUAGAAGACUGAAGAGUGACCUCAGAGGAGCGGGAUCCCAGAGAUCAGUGUAGAAUCUGCUCCCCUGCUGUGCUAAUAUUACAACUGAUCCAGGGCCAGACAGCUGUAUCGAGUCCACUUAUCCCUUCAGACAUGAUUUCUCAGCUCUGUAUGUGUGAGGAGGGCCUGCUGGGAGGUGGAUGGGGGCAUAAGUAAUGGAGAGUUAUUAUGUGUUCUUUGCAAACAGCACAUUGGGCCUGCAUGUCACUGUGGGUAUUGCUUUACUUCCCUCCCUCUAUUCAUCUACUUAAUUAGUCUCUGCUGUUGCUUGCUCUUUUAACAUUACAUUAAUGCAUAAUCUACUUAGAGUGCAUUUUAUGUACAUAUAUAGUUGACCAGUAUAGGCUUUAAACCCAUGACCUUGUUUUAAAAGUAGCCACAAGAUACUAUUAAGCUGGUAUUGGUGUGAUGGGAAGGUAUAUUGGCUAUAACUACACUGAGGUCAGUAAGAAACUUAAUUGCACUUAAUGACCUUCUCUGUGGCUAAAAUUUUGUGCACAUUUUUUUCUAACCAAAGGUCUUUUUUUUGUUAUAGAAAUAUGGGCGCUUGAAUGAGCUUAAUUUAUUUAAAACCAGCAAUAUUCUUUCUAAACGAUUCUUAUAGGUUAAUUCAACAGUGAACAGUUUUUCUAUCUAUUACCAUCUCUUAUUUUUUAUUAUAAUUGUUAAUAUUGUUGUAGUGUUAGUAAUGUUUGUUUUAUGUAACUUUGUGACAACAUAGUGCCAAUGUGCUCAAGAUUUUAUUCUUAAAGGGAUAGUUCACAUUUAAAAUUAAAAUUAUGUCAUUACUUACACACACAAUUUGUUCUUAACCUCAUCCUAAUGUUACUGAAUUUGGAGUAUUCUAAAUGAGCGGCCGCUUGCACAAGUUUAGUCAUUUGCAUAAAACACAACCAGUCCAUCUCCAUAUUAGGGCUUUCCACCUAACAUUUUCUUCACCACCUGUGGUCACAGUCAAAGAUACUCCAGCCAACCCCAUGUGAUGCUGUCUACAGAUCCGGACUCACAAGUAAUUCCAAGGGGCGGGUCAUAAAAUUACUGGGCGUGUCUAAAGGAAUGGAGUAGAAUGUCAUGCGGCUCUAACCGGCAGACGCAAAAGGAUACUUUCACACGAAAGCUUGGGUGGUCCUCGAAGGAUUCUAUCUGUAAAUCAAAGCCAUGGGGAAGGAUUACUAUAAGAUCCUAGGCAUUCCGUCAGGGUCUAAUGAAGAUGAAAUCAAAAAGGCCUACAGGAAAAUGGCAUUGAAGUUUCAUCCAGACAAAAACAAGGAUCCUAACGCUGAAGACAAGUUUAAGGAGAUAGCUGAGGCGUAUGAGGUUCUGAGUGACCCAAAGAAGAGAGUCAUUUAUGACCAAUACGGGGAGGAUGGUUUGAAAACAGGUGGGACAGGCUCCUCAAGUGGCCAGGGGACUACAUACCACUACACCUUCCACGGAGACCCACAUGCCACCUUUGCUUCUUUCUUUGGAGGCUCCAACCCUUUUGAUAUUUUCUUUGGCCCUGGGCGUCAGCGGGGAAGCACAAAUGGCUUUGCAGAUCAUGCCGAUCAUGACAUGGACAUUGACUUGGAUGGAGACGACGAUCCAUUCAGUUCCUUCAGCCACUUUGGCUUCAAUGGCAUCAACGGUUUUCAUCAUGGUGGAGGUCGAAGGCAUCGCACAGAGCCUUUGCAUGGUGGCAGGAGGAAAGUGCAGGACCCUCCGGUGGUACACGAGCUUAAAGUGUCCCUGGAGGAGAUCUUCCACGGAUGUACCAAGAGGAUGAGAAUCACUCGGCGACGACUGAACCCGGACAGAAGGACAAUGAGGACAGAGGACAAGAUCCUUAAUAUUGUCAUCAAGAGAGGUUGGAAGGAGGGGACCAAGAUCACUUUUCCCAAAGAGGGUGAUGAGACGCCGGAGAACAUUCCUGCUGAUAUUGCAUUUGUGCUUAAAGACAAGGGCCACCCACUUUUCAGAAGAGAUGGCUCCAACAUGAUUUACACAGUCAAGAUCAGUCUUAAGGAGGCGUUAUGUGGCUGCACGGUGAACAUUCCCACCAUUGACAACCGAAUGAUCACAUUGCCCUGCAGCGAUAUCAUCAAACCAGGUACAGUGAAAAGACUGCGUGGAGAAGGUCUGCCUUUCCCCAAAAACCCAUCACAGCGCGGGGAUUUAAUAGUGGAGUUCCAGGUGCGAUUCCCAGACAGAAUACCACCCCAGUCCAGAGAGAUCAUCAAACAGCAUCUACCCCAGUCUUAGAGGAAUUUCUGUGGAUUCCCUUCCAUACUUUAGGAAUAAUCAAAUUGUUUCCUUUCGGUUGAAAGCAAAAGGAUGCAAGAAAGACAAAAUGACUCAUUUGUUGGAUGAAAGGUCGAUAUUUUUGGCUCUGUGUUUGGGAUGGACAAUCCAACGAUCACAUGUUAUUUAUUCUGGAUUUGGAUCUUCAUUGUUUUGUAGCCGAUUGAAGUACUUUCCAUUGUAAUAUCUAUACACUCAUUGAAGUAUCUAAAUUAAAAACUAAAGUGUUGUUUUGGGGAUACGUGAGCACCAGCAUAGCAUAACUUGUUUGAUAACUAUCACUUGAUAGAUUUCCUCUCCCUGACACACCUCAGAAGUCUACAGGUGCUUUUCUGGUCACUUUCGUAUUACCAGGUGCUGCCCUUUUCUCAAAGAUUUUGAGAUCACAGAAAUGUUGAGUGCCUUAAUGUGGCUCAAAUCAACCUCUUAAUUUCAUUAUAGUUGUAAUGUUACAAGUGUGUAGUAUUACAACUCAAACUGUUGAGAUAUUUUCAAUUGCUUUUAGUUUACCCUCAAUAAUGUAAUGCAGUAGCCAUCUUUAUGGGGAUAAUUUACCCUAAAAUACAAAAAUCUGUAAUUUAAUGUUUUUUCUUAUGGCUUUGUAAACAUGAAGAUGCUUUAGCCGCAAAUCUCCAAACAAUUGUUUCAUACUAGAUGAAAAGGAUAGUGAUAAACCUUGAAAAGGUACUGUAACAUCAGAGUUGUUCACAUGACUCCAGUCUUCAGGACCUCUCCUUAAGCCAAACAAUAUCUGUGUAUGGACCGAAUUUAAAAUAAUUAUUUAGAAUAUUGAGGACGUUGUGUCUCACAAUUCACAAAACUCUUAAAGAGAGAUAAAGACCACACUUGGCCUCGCAUAAGCAGAACAAGUCAUAUUUUGCUCAAAUUUGUCUCAAAUCCCACAAAUAUGUGUUUCUUUUAGAUAACUAAAAUAACUCCGUAUCGACCUUCUUCAGUGCCGCUUUAUAAGCCAGGUCUGUUCCUCCAGCAAUGCUAUUGUAUGGCUUAAGGAGACUUGAAAUAUUAAUAUAUUUAUAUCUAUAUUACAUACAGUAUUAAUAUAAAUCACGUCAAAUGUGAUACUUUAUCAGUACUUUUGUUUACCUUCUGAAAUGUUACAGCAGCCACAAUGAGUAUUCAGCAGAAUUGUAUUUUUUUACUUUAAAAAUCUUUGAAAAGCUAUUAAAAAAAUCAUACAAAUUUGCAUACACACCACCCCGUGUGUGUAGAGAGAAUGCUAACUUUGUAAAUGAAGGAUCUGUGUAUGUUGACUGAACUGUUUGAAGAUCUGUGACACAUAUAUGUCUCAGUGCUGCGAACAGAUAACUCUGAUGUGGAAAGAUACAUGUUUAUGCUUAGAGAUCUUCGCUGUUGAAUGAGGACUAUUAUCAAUUGUUUUUUAAAUGUUUAAGACUGAUUUACAGUUUUAAAAUUUCCAGCUUUUGAAUACGACACUUUCAAUAUGCUGCAUUUACACUUAGUCUCUUGUACUUUAGUGACAAAUACUCAUAUUCAGUAGAUUUGAGAUGUACUAUUCUGUUUAAAAAGCUAAUUUUCUACGAAUAAACUGUAAUUUGCCUUUUCCAAGGUGGCACCCGGGUAUCGCUUAUAUACAAUCACAACUGAUUCCCACAACAUGGUAAUUUUAUCAUUACUGUGGUUGCCAAAAAGUUUCAAGUAGGUGUUUUUAUGACUGAUUUGUUAUGUCCUUGAUUGUUAUACCAUUAUACACACAUGGCUUUUAAAGGUUUGGGUACUUUUGUUUGAAUAAGAAUGUCAGAUUUGAAAUGUCUCAUUUUUGUCACUGUCCAUCGUGUGUAUUGUAUGAGAAAGUAUUGAAUUUAGCUCAGUGCCCACAGUUAGGAUUAAGCGAUGCAGAAAGCAAACAGUGUGUUAGUUUAUUGUGAUUCUGAAUCUUCUGUGCUGGCAAUGGAAUAAUGUAUGAAGGUAUGAAUGCCUGUGGAAUCUUCCAUGUAACAGUAUAUUUUUAGGUUCUUUAUAAAAGGUUUACAAGAAUGAGAAAUAAACCACAA